GAAAGAGAGACAAAGAAGAAGCCGCAAUGUUUCAGCCAAUGACAGGGGACAUGUUUCCGCUGUGCCGUGGGUAGAUGUCUCUGCUCUGUUGACCCUGACAAUGUGGGACUGCUGUGCUGCUAAGAAGUGCACAUGAAUACUGAUCUGAAUGAGAAGAGAGAGGCUACAAACGCACCGGAGUGGCUGAUUUGAAAGGAAAUGCAUUGCUUUGAGUGCAUUGUAAGAGAUGCUGUAAUCGAACGUGCUAUCCAUUGUUGGAUAAUGUAACGCUGUUGGAUUACUUCAUGGAUCAAGGAUGGAUACUGUCUGAGGCAGCUAAGAUGUGCGCUUUCCAGAUGAAGCUGGGAACUCAGAAAAAUCAUCGUAAGAAUAUUAAAUGCCAGCUAAAACACUCAAAAACUUGAGCCAGUAGGAACAGCUGCUCCUAUUUUAGCCAGUAAACAUUUACAUAUUCAAACGAGAGCUCUGACAUUUCUUAAAAGGACCAUUAUUAUUUAUUGUCACGCCCCCUGACAGAGAGACAGCCUGACAUUUGAGGUCAUUUUUGACUCACAUCACUUCACAACAGUGGAAUGAUGGCAGCAGCAGGUUCAGGAGCCUCCCUGAGCCCCAAAUCAAACUCCCAGGCUCCUACCAGUGGAGACCGGCGCCUGGUGGAAAAGGCCCUCAAAAGACUGGAUAGGCUCCACGAGCUGUGCACUAACCCCCGGCUGGGCCUGAAGAACAGUCCACCAUACCUGCCAGAGCUGGUAUCUGAGACAACAGCGCUGAUCACGCAGGUUUGGGAGCCCUACUGGGGCCCCAAGGUGACGGGCAGCCAGGUGCCCCGGGGGGACGAGGUCAAGUACCUGAGGGUCCAUGUGAGAAACCUGCUGGAUAAGACGGAGAGGGCUUUGCUGCUGUUUAAAGAGGGGCGGGAGAAGAUAUUUGAGGAGACAUCCAGUUACAGGAGGAACCUGACCAAACUGUCCUUGCUGUUCAGCCACAUGCUCUGGGAGCUGAGGGCCAUGUUUCCAGGGGGCGGUUUCCAAGGUGACACCUACAGGGUGACUAAAACAGAGGCUGAGGAGUUUUGGAUGCGUUCAUUUGGAAACAAGUGUAUCGUGCAGUGGAAGAGCUUCAAAGAGCAGCUGCAGACUGUGCACAAGUUUGAGGAAGGGAUGGAGUCCAUGGCUCUGAAGUCAACUAUAGAUCUGACCUGUAACGACCACAUCUCUGUGUUUGAGUUUGACAUCUUCACAAGACUGUUUCAGCCUUGGAGGUCACUAAUAAGAAACUGGAACCAGCUAGCAGUGACUCAUCCGGGCUACAUGGCUUUCCUCACCUAUGACCAGGUUAUAGGUCGGCUGGAACACUACCUGCACAGACCUGGGAGCUACAUCUUUCGCCUGAGCUGCACCAGAAUGGGCCAGUGGGCAAUCGGCCAUGUGACUAACGAAGGUGGCAUCGUCCAGACCAUCCCCCAGAACACACCUCUCUUCCAGGCACUCAUUCAGGGCUUCAAAGAAGGCUGCUACCUGUACCCAGACGGCCGUGAAGUGAACCCCGACCUGACAAGCUUGUGUGAACCGGCCCAGAAGGGAAAAGUCAAAGUUACAGAAGAGCAGUAUGAGCUUUACUGUGACAUCGGCAGCACCUUCCAGCUGUGCAAGAUCUGUGCAGAGAGGGAUAAGGACACUCGUAUCCAGCCCUGUGGGCAUCUCCUGUGCAGACCCUGCCUCACAGGCUGGCAGCAGAAGUCAGCAGGCCACACCUGCCCAUACUGUCGCUGCGACAUCAGAGGAACAGAGUCCAUCCUGGUGGAGCCCUACCUGGCAGGCAGCGGUCAGCUGGAGGAGGACGCCGACGACGACCAAGAGGAGGACGACCAUGAGGACAUUGAACUGGUGGUGAAGGAAAUGGCUGCCAUGAGGAAGUUCUCAAGUUUGGAUUACCAGGUCCCCAUGUCCCACCUCAGCGCUCCACCUCUGCCCCCAAAAAGCAGCUCACUCCCACGCUGUGCAUCUCCCUCCAACCUGUUCCAGACACCUGAAACCAAGACUCCGGACAAAAACUCCCACUCCCGUGCUAAGGCUCAUAGUGCUAAUGAAGCACGUAGAAGACACAAACAGACAAACAAGAACGGUACUGAAAACCUCCCAGAAGUGAAGGUUUCAUCUUCCACGCAGCUGGGCGUCGACGGUGGAGCAGCAUGGAUUGGACCCUCCAGCCCAGUCAAACAGAGACGAAGACAUAAAGAGAGGGCAGAACGGAGAGAGGACAAAUGUGACCUGGGAGACGUGACAAGAACAAUGUCGUCCUGACAGAAAAGCAACCUCUGCAAAAUAAAGACUCUUUUACUAAAGUGCGAAAUACUUGCCAACUAAAAAAAACGUAUUUCCUGAGAUCAGUCCGUCAGAGAAUGUAAAAAAUAGUUUGUGGUGUCAUGUUUAACUGUAGAUGACCGUGUGUCUGCUGCACUGCUGAGACUGUGAUGAGUUGGUGGGACUGACAGGAAAAUUGCUGACUGAGGCCUCCUACUGUUCAAUAAUCACACUGCCAUUAUCUUCACAGUAGGUCCUGAUUCUUUAUAAUAAGUAUUUUCUGAGCCUCCAUGAAAUAACAGAAAUGAAUGACAGGCUUGAAAUUUGAA